AUGACCCCGCUCCCGAAUCCGGAGCUACGGAGCCAGGUCAUCGCCAUCUACAAACAACUCCUCUAUCUAGGCCGUAACUAUCCCCAAGGUUACAACUACUUCCGCUCACGACUCCAUCGGGCCUUUAUGGCCAAGGCGGGUCUCACAGACGACACGGCCAUCAAGGAGGGUAUCGCGAAGGCUGACUUUGUGAGAAAAGAAAUUGAAGCGCUGUAA